CCAACAUCGGUGCGAGCAUACUGAGCGUUGAGUCGCACGCCGUCGCAGCGCCCAACACAUCCAUCGGGCAGCUGCCGGGUCCACUGAUAGCAGUCGCUAGCUCGCCAUCGUAGUCGUCCUUCAUUUUUCAAUUGGCCGUAUGAAGCUCCUCGCUGCAUUCGCCUCGAUCGCGUCGGUCCUCGGCGCCGCCAACUUGCGCCAGCAGCAGUUCAAGCCGUGCUUGAUGGAGCAAGACUGCAACAGUGGCUUCUUCUGCAAGCCGGUGGACGACGGAACCUUCUCCAUGUGCCAGCCCGGCAACCGCGCGCCGGUCCGCAACUUUGUGUGCGCGACCAACUCGGACCUUGUCGGCUCGGACAUUGCCGACAGCCAUACGGGCUUUGACGGGUGCAUGGACACGUGCAAGCGCAACCCAGGGUGCAACGCCUUUGCCUGGGUCAAGGACAACGACGGGCCGCAGGGCAUGUGCUACAUGAAGCAGCUCGUCGACCCGAGCCGCGCCUUCAACGUCGCGCCCCGCGUCACCAAGUCGUGCAAGGAGGAACCCAAGCUGCCGUCGUCGUCCAAGUGGGUCGAGAACCCGGGGUACCAGUUUCAAGGCCCGGCCAUGGUGACCAAGGGCGGCGUCUCGUCGCUCGAGUCGUGUGAAGUGUCUUGCUUGAGCACGGUCGGCUGCGCCGCUGUCUCGUACACGCGGUACAGCCAGACGUGCGUCCUGCAAAGCGUGGCCAACAACUACUAUCCCGUGUGGAGCAAGGCCGUGGACCUCAGCGCCGUCGCAGCAGUCCCGUACACGUACAAGGUCUGCUACGGCAACUACGACGUGCCGUACUCGGGCGACGUCAACAACUUCCAGGGGUCGUUCCAGGACUGCGCCAAGUGCAUGACGAAUGGCAACGCCAACGCAUUUGCGUGGUACCUCGGCCCGACCGGCAACAUGGCGCAGCCGACCAACCCCUUGGGCACGUGCUACUGCAAGAAGAUCAACGGCGACGUGCCGCCGCCGCCGCCGAUGCCGCGCAACAACGGCGGCACCAUCUUUUGCCAGGCGUAAUUCAGGGACGGCUAAUCUGUUACUAGUCUUUUUGAACACAUUAUGGACAUAUUGUCUAUCGCCA